AUGAGGGCACGAAGAUGGUGGAGAAACUGGUGGGCACUAAGCUUGCGGUACGAGGCGGACACUGAACGCGGUACUGAACUGCAGCGAGGAACGGACCCCGAGCGGACCCUAGGCGAUGGACAGACGCCAGGCGGAUACGAGACGCCAGGCGGACACGAGACGCCAGGCGGACACGAGACGCCAGGCGGACACGAGACGCCAGGCGGACACGAGACGCCAGGCGGACACGAGACGCCAGGCGGACACGAGACGCCAGGCGGACACGAGACGCCAGGCGGACACGAGACGCCAGGCGGACACGAGACGCCAGGCGGACACGAGACGCCAGGCGGACACGAGACGCCAGGCGGACGAGACGCCAGGCGGACACGAGACGCCAGGCGGACACAGAGACGCCAGGCGGACCAAGAGACGCCAGGCGGACACAAGACGCCAGGCGGACACAAGACGCCAGGCGGAUACAAGACGCCAGGCGGACACAAGACGCCGGUGGCGGACACAAGACGCCAGGCGGACACAAGACGCCAGGCGGAUAGCGAAGACGCCAGGCGGACACAAGACGCCAGGCGGACACAAGACGCCAGGCGGACACAAGACGCCAGGCGGACACCAAGACGCCAGGCGGACACAAGACGCCAGGCGGACACAAGAACCAGGCGACACAAGACGCCAGGCGGACACAAGACGCCAGGCGGACACAAGACGCCAGGCGGACACAAGACGCCAGGCGGACACAAGACGCCAGGCGGACACAAGACGCCAGGCGGAGCCACGACGCCAGGCGGACACAAGACGCCAGGCGACACAAGACGCCAGGCGGACAAGACGCCAGGCGGACACAAGACGCCAGGCGGACACAAGACGCCAGGCGGACACAAGACGCCAAGGGACACAAGACGCCAAGCGGACCAAGACGCCGCGACACAAGACGCCAGCGGACACAAGACGCCGCGACAGGACGCCAGGACACAGGACGCCAGGCGGAGCACAGGACGCCAGGCGGACACAAGACGCCAGGCGGACACAAGACGCCAGGCGGACACAAGACGCCAGGCGGACACAAGACGCCAGGUGGACACAAGACGCCAUGGUGACACAAGACGCCAGGCGGACACAAGACGCCUGCGGACAGCAGACGCCGCGGACACAAGACGCCAAGCGGACACAAGACGCCUGGCGGACACAAGACGCCUGGCGGAUACAAGACGCCUGGCGGACAUAAGACGCCAGGCGGAGCUGGCAAGACGCCAGGCGGACACAAGACGCCAGGCGGACACAAGACGCCAGGCGGACACAAGACGCCAGGCGGACACAAGACGCCAGGCGGACACAAGACGCCAGGCGGAACAAGACGCCAGGCGGACACAGGACGCCAGGCGGACACAAGACGCCAGGCGGACACAGGACGCCGCGGACACAAGACGCCAGGCGGACACAAGACGCCAGGCGAUACAAGACGCCAGGCGGACACAAGACGCCAGGCGGAUACAAGACGCCAGGCGGACACAGACGCCAGGCGGACGAGACGCCAGGCGGACACGAGACGCCAGGCGGACACAAGACGCCAGGCGGACACAAGACGCCGGGCGGAUACAAGACGCCAGGGCGGACACAAGACGCCAGGCGGACACAAGACGCCUGGCGGACACAAGACGCCUGGCGGACAAGGCGCCAGGACACAAGACGCCAGGCGGACACAAGACGCCAGGCGGACACAAGACGCCUGGCGGACACAAGACGCCAGGCGGACAAGAUGCCAGGCGGACACAAGACGCCAAGCGGACACAAGACGCCAAGCGGACAGACACCAGGAGGACACAAGACGCCAGGUGGACACAAGACGCCAGGUGGACACAAGACGCCAGGCGGACACAAGACGCCUGGCGGACACAAGACGUUAGGAGGACACAAGACGCCAGGUGGAUAAAGACGCCAGGCGACACAAGACGCCAGGCGGAGACAAGACGCCAGGCGGACCAAGACGCCAGGCGGCAGACGCCAGGCGGACACAAGACGCCAGGCGACAAGACGCCAGGCGGACACAAGACGCCAGGCGAUAAGACGCCAGGCGGACACAAGACGCCAGGCGGACACAAGACGCCAGGCGGACCAAGACGCCAGGCGGAUACAAGACGCCAGGCGGACAAGGACGCCUGGCGAUGCCGACGCCUGGCGGACACAAGACGCCUGGCGGACCAAGACGCCUGGCGGACACAAGACGCCUGGCGGACAAGACGCCAGGCGGACACAAGACGCCAGGCGGACACAAGACGCCAGGCGGACACAAGACGCCAGGCGGACACAAGACGCCUGGCGGACACAAGACGCCAGGCGGACACAAGACGCCAGGCGGACACGGACGCCAGGCGGACCCAAGACGCCAGGUGGACACAAGACGCCAGGCCGACACAAGACGCCUGGCGGACACAAGACGCCUGGCGGACACAAGACGCCUGGCGGACACAAGACGCCAGGCGGACACAAGACGCCAGGCGGACAAGACGCCAGGCGGACACAAGACGCCAGGCGGACACAAGACCAGGCGGACACAAGACGCCAGGCGGACACAAGACAAGCGACACAAGACGCCAAGCGGACACAAGACGCCAGGCGACACAAGACGCCAGGUGGAACAAGACGCCAGGCCGACACAAGACGCCUGGCGGACACAAGACGCCAGGCGACAAGACGCCGCGGACACAAGACGCCAGGCGACACAAGACGCCUGGCGGACACAAGACGCCAGGUGGACACAAGACGCCAAGCGGACACAAGACGCCAGGUGGACGCAAGACGCCAGGUGGACCAAGACGCCAGGUGGACACAAGACGCCAGGACACAAGACGCCAGACACAAGACGCCAGGACACAAGACGCCGGAUAA